CUGUUUUUAUUUUGGGUGAUUUUAAUCGAUAUAAACUGAGGUUUUCUCUGACUCAUUUUUAUCAGUAUGUUAACUGCCCAACCUGUUUCAACAAAGCACUUCAUUAAAGGUGCAUACAGAGCAUCUUUGCUGCCUCCCUUCGGAUCACAACGUUGUUCAUCUGAAACCAACCUACAGAACUGUUUUAAAAACAGAGACUAUCCAAACAAGAACUGAAGCAUUGGUCCAAGGAUGACAUCCAGCAUCUGCAGUGCAGCUUGGAGUGCACUGACUGGUAUGUGUUCAAUCAUCCAGAAGGACAGCAGGAUUCUCUCACAGAUGAAAUGGACCUAAACGAAUUGACGUGAACUGUAUUCAGUUACAUAAACUUUUUUGUAGAGUCAUGUACUCCUGAUUCUCAGGUGAAAGUUUAACCUUAGAGAGACGCAAAUGACUGAUGUUACCUCCAUGAAGAAGCAGAUUUAACCCAUGAAAAUAAGCAGCUCUAGAAAAUGAAUGGAGGCAGAUUGGUGAGUUUGUUUUAAAACAGGUCAUGCUGAGAGAAAAGAGAGACCAAAAAGUUAGAACAGAAAUAAAAAAGGCAAACUUAUUUAUAAGGACAAACUAGAACAUUUUAAGAGCAGAAAUUAAAAAAUUGUCUGGAACGGCAUGUCAGCCAUGACAGCCUCUCAGAAAGUAUGAAAAUCCUAUCAGAUUAAAUUUGUUUUAUUAAGACAAGGAAGAAUGAGACCAGCUGAGUUUGUUUAAUGUUGAACUGAGAGUAAGGAAGUGAAAGAUGGGUUAGAUGUUUACCGCAUAGCGGUACUGUACCUGAGAAAGCAUGUAAUAAUUUAAUGGAUGUGAUCAACCAGUCAUACGAGAACAAAAAGCAAAGUCUGGCAUUGAACCAUCACCUUUCUAUCAAGUGAUUGAAGUGUUUCUGUUACUGAGCUCAGAGCAGCAGGACGUCCAGGUUCAAAAGACGAGAAACUAAACAAGGAGAAGAUGAUCUGCAGGAUCCUGCUGCUCAUCAUCCUCAACUCAUGUCUCUGUGCAACAUUUGUAGUGAAUGUGACACAGAGCUGCUAUCAGGCAGAGGAGAACCACAACAUCACUCUGGAGUGGACCUUCACCACCAGACCUCAUGGAUCCUGGAGACAACUUUUUAUCUUCUGUGAACUUAUAGCUCCUCCCAGAGGACUGGUUCUGUAUCAGGUCCAUGAAGGUGUUGAGGUGUCAGAGUCUCAGGAUGAACAGUUUUCAGGACGAGUCCAGAGUGACAAAGACGUCCUCAGAGAAGGACGAAUCAGACUCCAUGUGUCCAGACUGAGAACUGAAGACUCUGGUCUGUAUCUGUGUGACGUGAUGAAUGAUGAAGGCUUCAACUCUGGAAGAUGUCGACUCAACGUUUCUGGUGAGUUUCUACUGCAACAACUGAACCUGAAACAUAUUGAUGCUGCAGCUGCUGAUGUCUCCCAACCUCAGAGACCGACUGUGGAUCCAGAACCAGGAGGUCCAGGAAGAAUCGGUCUCUAUGUUUCACUGGGACUGACAGCAGCAGCAGCAGCAGCAGUUCUGAUGGUCAAACGUCUCUUCAGUUACUGUUUUAGAAAACAUCAGAAUGAGUCAAACUUUAUUUCAGCAGUUUAACAGAACCAUGAAGGUCCUAAUAGACCUUCAUGGUUCUGUUAAACUGCUUCUUAUUGGACUCUAGAACAUCUUGGUGUCCAGAGGAGGUUUUGGCCAACUCAGUGCCUGCAAGGUGUCCAGGUCCUGUGCUGCAGAACAAGCCCAGAUCAUUAGUCCUCCACUACCGUGCUUGACAGUUGCUUUGGUGUUUCAGACUAGAAGUCUGGAGCUUCAUUCAGAUGCAGCUGUUAGAACCUAAGUUCUGCUGCCAGAACUUUCUAGAGAGAAGAGUCUUUCUUCUGGUGACUCUUCCAGCAAUCCAUACUUGUUCAGCCUUUUCCUCAUUGUUCUGUCAUGAACUUUAACCUGUGACCUGCUGACUGAGGCAUGUAGAGGAUCUGAUGGAGCUCUGGGUCAGAGGUCAUUUCUCUCAACGUUCAGAGAAGCUUAAGUGUUUUUAAAAGCUGAUUUUGUAUUACUAAUAAUGUUUUAAUUAAAUGAAGAACAUGUUAAAUGUAAGAAGUGUUUUAUUUACCUGAAGUUGGAACCAGAUUAUUUCUAUAAAUCAUAUUUUAUUCUUGAAGGUAGAACCUUUAAACUGAAGGAGGUUCUUACUUUUCUCCAUGAUUGUAUCUGAAGAGGAUCUUGUUUCCUUCUCUCUGUUGUUUCCUGCUGAUGUUUUA